AUACUACAUUUCCCAGAGUUCAUUGAGGCCCACUGAGUCCGCCAUAUUGAGCUCGGUAGAACGCGCUGGCAGGAGACUGUUCACAACAUUGAGAUUUUUUCACAGAGGUGAAGGACACACGGUGUGUAAAGAUGACACAAACGACGGUCCAGACGAAUGGGGUUCAACCGCUCAGUAAGACUUGGGAGCUUAGUCUCUAUGAAUUACAGAGAACCCCACAGGAGGCCAUCACGGAUGGUUUAGAGAUCGCCGUGUCCCCGCGCAGCUUGCACAGUGAGCUCAUGUGUCCCAUCUGCCUGGACAUGCUGAAGAACACCAUGACCACCAAGGAGUGCCUGCACCGCUUCUGUGCCGACUGCAUCAUCACUGCGCUCAGAUCGGGGAAUAAGGAGUGUCCAACGUGCAGGAAGAAGCUGGUGUCUAAGCGCUCCCUCCGUCCAGACCCCAACUUUGACGCCCUGAUCAGUAAGAUCUACCCCAGCAGAGAUGAGUAUGAAGCCCAUCAGGAGAGAGUGUUGGCCCGCAUCAGCAAGCACAACAACCAGCAGGCACUCAGCCACAGUAUUGAAGAGGGCCUAAAAAUCCAGGCCAUGAACAGACUUCAGCGGGGGAAGAAGCACCAGAUUGAAAAUGGCAGCGGGGCAGAGGACAAUGGGGACAGUUCACACUGCAGCAAUGCAUCAGUGCACAGUAACCAAGAGGCCGGACCCAGCAUCAAACGAAUCAAAACCUCGGACGACUCUGGGCUGGACAUGGACAAUGCCACAGAGAACGGAGGAGGAGACAUGGCAUUGGACGGGGGCAGUGAGAUCGAGCUGGUGUUCCGCCCUCACCCGACGUUGAUGGAGAAAGAAGACGCCGCGCAGACAAGGUACAUUAAGACUUCGGGGAACGCCACAGUGGACCACCUCUCCAAAUACUUGGCUGUCAGAUUGGCUUUGGAGGAAAUGCGCAAAAACGCAGAGGGAAGCCCCAUCAACGUAGAGGCAGCCAGCGAAAAACAGUACACCAUCUACAUCCCUACCGCAAACAACCAGUUCACAGUCCUGAAUGGCUCGUUCUCUCUGGAGCUGGUGAGCGAGAAGUACUGGAAAGUCAACAAGCCCAUGGAGUUAUACUUUGCUCCAACGAAGGAGCACAAAUAAAUGCAGUGAGACGCGAGGGUCUGAGCUGACCCAGGACAGUCUGAUGGUUCAUCCUCUCCCCUCUCUCCCUCCCUGUUUCUUUGUCUUUCUCUCACUGUUCCUCCUCGUUUGGAGUAAACUGGUCUCUGGAGCCCCGGCUCCUCAAUAACUGUGACUGCUUUGAUUUGGAUUUUUUUUAUUGUCUUUUUGUAUGGGAACGAGACCAGGGUUGAUCAUUGGGAGUGGGGCGGGAGGGCCAUGGAAGUCAAACCAGUGUGGAUUUGUCCCCCCCGCUUCAGUUGACACAAUCAUUUCAUUGUUACAUGUUCUGUCCUUUUUGAAUCAAGACGACUCCGAUGUUGCCUUCAGCAAGCCAAAAUCUUAGUCUACAAAAAUGGAUAUUGCAUCCGUAACAGCAUGAGGAAAUCUCACCGAGUGCUUCAUGAGAGACUCUGUAAGAGCUGUAAGUGCAUUUUCAGACACACCACUCCUGUAGCAGCAGCAUUUUUUCACUAACACGACUGCCUCUUGCCACUCUGGACCAGUACAAUAUGAUGGCUUAUCAUGUCACUAGUCUUUACUAUGUUGGUCGUCAGAUGUUUCGGAGAUCGUACAUACAUCACUUUAUAGAAUAACUACUUGGAAAAAUGUAUAUUGACAACAUUGUUACAGUUAUUACAGUACCGGUUCAUAAAAAUGUUGUAAGUUGUACAUUUGGACCCAGUUUUUAAUAGUUUCAUAGACGCUUCAUUUUUUUUUUUAGAGCAUGAAGUAAUUUUAGUUUGACUUCCUUGGCAUACAUUUGAGUUCAUGUUGUUGUUUGGAAAAAAAAAA